GGAUUUGAAAAUUAUUCAUAAAUAAAAUCUUUUUUCACUUUCAAAUGGGAGCAUACAAAUAUUUACAAGAACUUUGGAAAAAGAAACAAUCAGAUGUUUUGAGCUUUAUCAUGAGAAUUAGAACAUGGGAAUAUAGAUAAUUGCCUGUAAUUCAUAGAGCCACCAGACCAAGUAGACCAGACAAGGCUAGAAGAUUAGGUUACAAAGCCAAAUAAGGUAAUUCAUUAUAAAUAAUUAUUUAGGCUAUGUCAUUUACAGAGUGAGAGUACGAAGAGGUGGAAGGAAAUUACUUAUUAGAAAGGGACUUGUUAAAGGAAAGCCUAAGAGUCAAGGAGUUAAUUAAUUAAAGCCAACAAGAAAUCUUAGAUCUGUAGCAGAAGAAAGAGUUGGAAGAAAAAUUGGAGCCUUGAGAGUUUUAAAUUCCUAUUGGGUUGCUUAAGAUGGCACAUAUAAAUACUAUGAAAUAAUUACUGUUGAUCCAUUUCAUCCAGCUAUCAGAGGUGAUUCAAGAAUAAAUUGGAUUACUAAGCCUGUUCACAAACAUAGAGAAUUAAGAGGUUUUAUAUAUAAUUAAUAAUAUAAGGAUUAACAUCAGCUGGUAGAAAGAGCAGAGGACUUAGAGUUAAAGGACAUCGUAAUAAUUAAACAAGACCUUCAAGAAGAGCUAAUUAUGCAAGAAGAAAUAGGAUUUCCCUUAGAAGAUUUAGAUGAUUUUGU